AUGGUUUUAGAUGAAGAUGAGGAUGGCGAUCUUGUGGCUGUUCGAACCAAUGAAGAGCUUGCGGUCAUGUUGUCUUCACCGAGAAUUCGUCCACUAAGGAUCCAUUUAAUUUCGGAAGAUGAGUCUCUUCUGGAUGGUAAUUUAGCAAGCAUUAUACCGGAUAUGUUAAAGCGACUUGACACUAUUGGAUUCGGUUAUUCUGGUACUGUUUACAAAGCCCUAGAUGUGGAACAUGAUCGGAUUGUGGCAUUAAAAUGUAUUUCUGUUGAUGGUUAUGCAGAACAUUUUGUUGUUGCUCGAGAGCUGCAGCUUCUCAGAAAAUAUGCUUGCAGCCCAUACAUCGUGAAUUUCUUAUCGGCCGCACUCCUUGAUGGCGAACUCUGCUUGUGUAUGGAAUUCAUGGAUGGUGGAUCAUUGGAUCGUUAUAAGAAGUUGCCUGUUUCGGUACUUGUUCCUACCGCUGUCUCCAUUAUCUGUGGACUUCAUUAUCUCUGGACACACAAAGUGAUGCACAGAGAUAUAAAGCCAAGCAACAUCCUGGUGAACACGCAUGGUGAUGUCAAAAUAUCCGAUUUUGGAGUUUCGAAAGAACUGGAGAGAUCUGUAGCUUGUAGUUUUGUCGGCACCAGUAUGUACAUGGCCCCAGAACGUAUGCAAGGUGGCCCUUAUAGAAUAUGUUCGGAUAUAUGGAGCUUUGGUUUGACGAUAUGUGAGCUAGUUAUUGGUAAAUUUCCGUUGACACUGAGCCCUUAUAAAAUUGUUUCGGAUACAGUGGAAGCCGUUUUUGACAAUAAUUUCGAUAUUACGGAUUCUUUUGAUGUUGAGCAUCUUCCAGUUGACUUUGUGGAUGUGAUAAGAAACUGUGUUAUUGUGGAUGAAACAAAACGAUGGAAACAUGAAGAGCUUCUUCAUUGUUCAUUUGUUCGAUUAAACAUUCCUACAGAUCUACGUCCAGUUGCGCAUUGCGGUAAAGCAGACUGUCCAUUAUAUGGUUCUUGCCUGGAUUGCAAAUUUCCAGAAUGUGAAUACGGAACUAUAAUAACUUUAAACUGUACCACGAAAAGACAAUGUGUUGGUCAGUAUACACUACAAAAAGAAGCAAAGUGCCGGUAUUGUUGGCAGACAGAUGCUGUGGAGCACCACUGCACUCCGAUACGAAAUUGUUCGACAGUGGCAACUCGAUUGUUUCGUACGACAUGCCAGGUGCAUCAAUGGGUCAUAUGCAAGGGUCGACGAGCUUUCUACAAGAACAUGAGAUGCAACUGGUCCUCAGGAUAUAGCUGGUGGAAAGCGAUGUUCCUCUCAAUUACACUUGGGGGCUUUGGUGCAGAUCGUUUUUAUUUGGGGAUGUGGAAAAGUGCAAUAGGAAAAUUAUUCAGCUUUGGUGGCUUGGGUAUUUGGACAUUUGUAGAUGUAGUUUUAAUUGGCGUUGGAUAUAUUGGACCAGCUGAUGGUUCUCUUUACAUUUAA